AUGAGCGAAGAUGUAAUCCAGAAGGCCAAAAAGAGGAUCAACGUAAAACAAGAAGGAAUAAGAGUUGACAGAAUACGUAAAUGUAAGGAUGCGAGGGUAAUAAUCGGUUGCGAAGAGAAAAACCAAUUAGAAGCAAUAGAAGAAAAAUUAACACAAGGAAAGGAACUUAAAGUUGAAAAAGUUAAAAACAAAGAUCCCUUAGUAAUCCUCAAAGACGUAUUUAAUGACAUAGAAGAUAAAGAUUUACUAAUAGCAAUAAAAGAAAAAAACAAAAGAAUAUAUGGAGAAUUACCAGAAGAUGACACCAUCACCAAAAUAAAAUUCAAAAAACGGCCUCACAUAAAACCGACGUGAAGCAACGCUUGAGUUGUGUUUCGUCGUGUGAGUGAGGGUACCGGAGGCCCAACUCCUCCCUAUUCCCUUCCCUCUACCCCUCAACCCUUCCCUCCAAGGCCGGCAGCGCGCUUGUAGCCCCUCUGUUGUUGCAGGUGUCCAUGGGCGACGGUAAUCACUUACCAUGAGGUGAUCCGUCUGCUCGUCUGCCCCCUAUCCCAUAAAAAAUAA